UUGAGCCUAACAUGUGAAUAAAGCUUCAGUACAGGAACCAUCCCCAGGAAAAGCCUCAGAAAACACAGCCCUACCAGAUAUAUCCUAUUAAGCUCAAGGGACCAAUGAGGUCUGUCUUCCCCUGAACGACCUGAGGAAAUCGGUCAUGGAGUGCUUGGUUGCUAAUGAAAACAUAGAUAUAGUGGGCAUAACGGAAACCUGGUGGAAUGGUGAGAACCAGUGGGACACUGUUAUUCCUGGGUACAAACUCUACAGAAAGGACAGGGUGGGGUGAGGUAGAAUAGCACUGUAUAUUAAAGAAGGGGUAGAAUCCAAUAAGCUAGAAAACCUAGGAGGACCAGAGUCACCCCACAGAAUCAUUAUGGGUGACAAUACAAGGGCUGAAAGUAAAUGUGUUACUAGGGACAUAGUAUUGCCCACUGGAUUAAGAUGCUGAGAGUGACUUGGAGUUGGAGAAGCAAAUCAGAGAGGUGUCAAAGACAAAGAGAGCUGUAAGAAAGAGGGACAUCAAUUACCCUCACAUAGACUGGGCAAUUUCAUGUGUGGGUAUUGACAGAGAGGCUGAAUUUCUAGACAUGGUAAACAACUGUGCUUUGAACAGUUGGUUGCGGAACCAACCAGAGAGAAGGCAACCUUCGACUUAACCCUGAAUGGUGCCCAGGACCUGCUACGAAAUGUCAAAGUUGUAGAACCAUUGGGGAACAGUGACCAUAGUGUGAUCCAAUUCAGCUUAUAUGCGAGUGAAGGACUGCCAAGGAAGUCCAACACAGAUGCCUUGGACUUCAGAAGGGGAAAAUGAGGGGACUGGUAAAAAGAAAGCUGAAAGGGAAAGUAAGGAGGGUCAAAUCACUCCAUAAAGCAUCAAACUUAUUCAAAACCACAAUAAUAGAAGCUCAGUUGGAAUGUCUACCAAGAAGGAGGAAAGGUACCACCAAGUUCAGGAAGAUGCCAGCGUGGCUAAUAAGGCGAGUCAGCAAAGCUAUAAAAGUGAAGAAGACUUGUUUCAGAAAAUGGGAGUCCUGCCCAAAUAAAGAGAACAGAAAGGAACAUAAACUCUGGCAAAAGAAAUGCAAUGAGACAAUAAGAGAUGCAAAAAGAGAGUUUGAGGAGCAUAUAGAUACAAGUGUCAAGGGGAAUAAGAAAAACUUCUUUAAAUAUAUCAGAAGAAGAAAACCUGCCAGGGAGGCAGUUGGACCAUUAGAUGAGGGCAUUAAAGGGAGCAUUAAGGAGGAUAAAGAGAUUGCAGAGAAGCUGAAUGAGUUCUUUGCUUUUGUCUUCAUGGCAGAGGAUACUGACCAUAUACCUACUCUAGAACUGAGCUUCUCAGGCUUGGAGGCUGAAGAACUGGACCAAUUUGAGGUCACCCUGAAAACAGAUGAAAUUGAUUCCUCAUAUUUGCCACUUGGAAAUUUGCAGGAGAAAAUGGAAGAGGGUUGUCUUCAUUACUACUCCAUGGCUUGGACUUCCUUUAUACUCAACUUCAACUUUAAAAACUGCCGAGAAUACCUAUAUUUGCUCUCUUCAUCUGUGUCAGAAAGAAUUCCAAGAAAGGAGGUGGCAGAAUCCAGUGCUAUACAAACAAAAUUUACCAUACAGUGCGUCUGCGUGAGAUGGAUGCCUUAUCCACUAUCCUCUGUGCCUGGAUUGUGGGCUCAAAGAAUGAAACAGCUGGACCUCAUACUGGAGUUCGGUUCAUCUUUUUCCACUUCUAGGAUUAAAAACUCAAAAGGGAUAAAGGAUAAAAGGACACAACAGGAACAGAUUUGUAUUCUGAGUAAUUUUAAAUACGGUAAAGACUAAAGUGUUCCACUGCUCAAAUGUAUGCUUAUGUAAAGAAGUUUCUCCCCCAUUGUGAAGUUUAUUAUUCAACUGCUUUUUAAAUAAGUUGGCUUUCUAGAGAAUUGCAUUUACUUAUAUUGGAGCAUAAACAGGUGAGGAAACCAGACUUUCUUUGCUCUGCCAGCUUUGCCAGCAUUCAUGAGAUGUUUAACAGCAAGCUUACAUAAUCUGUUUUACAGUGAAAUGUCACUAGGAGGUGAGAGAUCCCUAUAGUUUUGUAUUAUGGUUCUAUUAUUUUAAUAAGGCAAGCUGCUUUGGGUUUAUUAUAGGUAAAGAAAAAUAGAAUACAUAUUAUAAAAAUAAAUACAGCAACAAAAUCAAUGGACAGAGAGAAUAUACGAAGAGUGUGAGACCCAAAGAAGCACAAGGGGAUGAUAUGGCUCUCCAGUGGAUUGCUGACUGGUAAGCUGCCGCAGGUCCCAAUGCUGAAUGGACACAACUCUUUUUAAAACUGAAAAUGAUUCUUCAUGCCUGUAUAAACCUUCCUUGGAUCCUGGCAGCCUAAGAGGAUCCUGAAGCCAAGACUUGGGCCUUCCAAGAAAACUGUACCACCAGUUAAAGACUUUCAGGUUGUUUACAAAGAGCAUUCCAGCAGAUCUUAAUGAUACUCCCUAGAGUGACAAAUGCUCUGUAAGAAGUUUCAUUUGUAUUCUUGGCAUCAGAUAUUCAUUUUUUACUGCCAAGGAGGAUAAUAUAAAUUUUCCACCCAUCACUUCCUGCAUCCUUUACAACUUUAGCAAUCUAAGUCCUUGCCUGCAAUUAAAACCUCAUCAUUUUUCUUUCUGUUAUUGUUUGGGUAAUCCCCCUCAAGAUUAAGCAUUUGUUACUCUACCGCAGUACAGAGGCGAUAGCACUCCAUAACCCCACCCCACUCUGUCCAUGAGUAUUUAUUUGUUUGUUUAUCAUAUUGAUAUACCACCUGAUAUAUGCAUAUCUAGGUGGUAUAUACAAUCCCAAAUCACAAUAUAAAAAUAAAAACAAACACAAUAAUAAAAACAAUUAAAACAUUUAAAAUUAAUUUUAAUUAAAAGCCUGAAAAAAGAGUUUUUUUCCUUAAAGGUCUCUUUAAAAGCAAUCAGAAAUGGAGAAACUCUUUUUUGACUGUACAGUAUCUGUCUAUGCAAUAUUCACUGCCCAAACAGCUAUUCUGACUCAUCACAUGGAGGGCAGCUUGAGUGUACCUGCCCACUCACUACACAUUGGCCCUGCACAACCAGUUGGGGACAGAACAUGCAAAUACCACCAGCACAUGUAAAUCCAAUGCAUGUAGGCUAAAACUGCACAGCUGAUUUCCAGAUUCAGUGAAAAAGAAAUUUGUGCUAGUACCUACUUACACAAGCAGCCUACUUGGGAAAGGUACAGUAUAAAGUCAGGAAAGAAUUUAAAUGGGAAAUCCAGCAGUGUGUUCUGGUAGUGAGGAGUUCUGCAUCCCCAGAGUUGCAUGGCUUAUGCAAAUACACCACUUGCACCAGUAUUUACUUAGGUAAAUGAAUGGGCUGAAAGACCACUAGAACUGGUUCUAAUUCACCCAAUAAUUCUGAAUUACUUCUGUAUUUUAAAAUAAAUAUUAUUGAUUGA